GCUAGUUACAGGAACUGCUGGGCAACAGAAAGGAAACUCUGAGGAGAAGCAGGAGAUUACUGGAUAAAUCAAUCAUUUUCCCUAUGAAUUUUAUAUUGUUUAUUUUUGUUUCUGGGGUUCUUUCUUUACAGGACCCCAAUACGACUUCCCAUGGUGGUGGUGAGAUGUGGGCACCUAGCGCUCUGAAAGAAUAUAAACAGGAACCGGAAAUUAAGGAGAAUUCCCCUGCUAAUGAGAAAAGUGGCAAUUAUUAUAAAGAUAUAAAACAAUAUGUGUUCACAACGCAAAAUCCAAAUGGCAGCCAGUCUGAAAUAUCCGUGAGAGCAACAACAGAUUUGCAAUUUGCUCUAAGGAACUAUAAACUUGUCAAUGAAACAACUAUAUCACCUACUGGAAAAGGCACCAGUGAAGAAAAUCCUACAGAACACUAUGGGAAAAAAACUCGAAGACCAAGCAAGGGUCCAAAUGAGCCUGCAUUUUGGACAAUGUUAGCUAAAGCUUUAAAUGCAACACCAACAGCAGAGGAGAUUGAAGAAAAAGAUCAAUUAUUUCGCCCAAUUCCAAACUCUGAUUUGAAUGCUACCAGUGAAGACACCCUGACCAAGCUACAGGAAAUCAAGUUAAAACUAAUGCUGGGCAUCUCGUUGAUGACCCUCUUCCUUUUUGUUAUCCUCUUGGCAGUCUGUAGUGCCAUGCUGUACAAAGUGAAGACAAUUAAUUAUAAAAGUAGAUAUCAGACUGAAUACACCGUCAACCCAGAGCUGGCAACUCUGUCUUAUUUUCAUCCAUCAGAAGGCGUAUCAGACACAUCUUUUUCUAAGAGUGCUGAGAGCAGCACGUUUUGGGGCACCACUUCUUCAGAAUUGAGAAAAACAGACACAAGGUCAAAAUCUAGAACGACGGACAUGGUUUCCACAGCCUCAGAUGAUACAGGCGGGAAUGAUGAUACAGGCGGGAAUGAUGAGUCAGAUUUAAUUCAGAGUGAGGAACCAAGCGAAGAAACACCCACUGAUGAAUAGACGACUUUAAAUUUUUGUAAGGAAAGAAGUUUCUUUGUGACUCCCAUUAAGGUCACGAUUUGGAAACUCUGCUGAGAAAUUUAAAUUUUCUGGUGUCUGAGAAG